AAUAUAUCAAGAUUUCCAUGAAAUCGGUGCAUUUAUUAGCUAUUCGGGCGUCUCAAUCAUAAUAUUUAUCACUUUGAAAUGGACGAGUCAACUGCAGAAACAUUCUUUACGCCCUACUCUCAAAAAAUAUUGCUUACAGUGGACUCGCCCAUCCUAUAUGGAUAAGUAUGAUGAUGAUGGAGAGAGGACGCUACGCUAGUGUUAUGCAACUGUCAGCUGUCAAAUGUCAUGCGCUGAGGGUACGCAGCAUUGCUGUCAUAUUUUUCCCAGUAGUGUUUUAUACGUCAAAACUAAAAGCUUAAGUAGUUUUUAAGUGAAAUUCACUUAUAUCUUAUGAAAUAAGGCUGAAAUUUAAGCUUUAAAGUGAUUUAAACUUUUGAUUUUAAUGAUCUAUUUGGCAGAUUCUUAAAUCAGCUGUUACUCCAUGAAUAUGCCAAUAAGCAUAUGGCCAUAAUUCGAUACAUGGAUUCGAAAUAUUGCUUUUCGUUGGAAAGAACAAUUUAAAAAAAACUUGUUUUGCUACAGAUUUAACAGCUCUUUGAUCAAUAUGCCUUGGUACGGACCCAUUGAAGAAUAUGAAUACAAGCACGAUUUUAAAAGAUAUGAGAAGGAGUAUGAAAAAUGUUAUGAAUUUAUUUUGCAUUCUUCAGAAAUAGUAGCAGAGGAUAUAACUGAACUUUUGCAUCCUUAUUUUGUGAACAUUUACUUAUACCUGUUGGCAGGAAAGGAACUGCGACUUGCUCGAAAGUUUUCUGACAUGUGUCCCCGAAAAGUGUUUAAAUACGUUACUGGAUAUGAGGAUGUAAUGAUGGAAUUAUUCUCAUUCGCAACAAUACGAGAGGCUUGGCUUCAUCCCUAUUUUCGAAAUUUUUGUGUUUCCAGAUAUCAGCUUGAGAUUCCUAUAGACAGCUUUGAAAGGUUGGAGAAACAUUUAGUGGACUCCAGAUCGAUGGUGUUGUAUUUCAUUACUUAUUACAAGUGUGUUAUCAAAAAAACUCCAGUACCACCGAGAGAUUGCAUCAUUGUUCCAAGAUUGUAUAAUAACCUUCUCUCUCCUUCCAUGUUCUCAAAAGACGUGUUUAUACCAACAAUGUUGAGGCCAGAGAUGACUGGUGCAGUUGAAGAAUUUAAACAAAAAAUAUAUUACAGUCUAACGACUGGAGAGCCUGUCAGAAGAAAGAGCUAUAAAAGGUUCAAAUGCAUCUCAAAAGAGGAAACUAGUCAGUUGAGGGAAGAACCAGGAACAAGCACACAAGGAAUAACUUACCAAAUGUCUGCACAACCAGGAACCAGUUCACAGGGCAUGACUGGUCACAUGAAUGAACAACCAGGAACUAGUGACAUGAAUGAACAACCAGGAACUAGUGACAUGAAUGAACAAUUAGGAACUAGUGACAUGAAUGAACAACCAGGAACUAGUUCACAGGGCAUGACUAGUGACAUGAAUGAACAACCAGGAACUAGUUCACAGGGCAUGCCUAGUCACAUGAAUGAAAGGCCAGGAACCAGUUCAGAGGGAAUAGCUAGUCAAAUGGCUGGAAGACUUGAAACCAGCUCACCGGAAAUCGAAGAAAUUGAACACCCAAAACCCUGCGUAAAGAGUAGCGUCAAUCCUGGAAAUUUCGGCAUACCUGAACCUGUAAAUGAAAUAGAUAUGUACCAUUGUAGUAUCCAUUAUGGUCCAUUUCAGAUUCAAGCCGCUGCCAUGAAUGAGCAGAAUACUCAUUUUGCAUGUGGUUAUGAAAAUGAUAUUGAAAUAUUUGAGUUAGACCUCGAAAAGCAGAAAUCAGGAAAAUAUACCGGUUGUACAGCUCGUCUCCGAUUAGAGGAAACAAAUGUCCCAAACCUCGUGCAGUAUAUAACCCAAACCCAUCUUGCUCCGAAUAGAUAUAACCCGGUUCGUACUUUAACACAGCACGAAAGUCCAGUAACAGGAUUAGCUUAUGCACCUUCUGGUUUAUUAAUGUCUUGUUCUGAGGAUGGCACAGCUCGUGUAUAUAAUUCGAGUCACAAGAAUAUUUUCGGAGUGCCAGAUUAUACAAACACUGCUACAUAUAACCACAGCGAUUCAAUAAACGAUAUAGCUGUGAGUUUCUGUGAAUUUUACUUUGCAACUGCUGCAUCUGACAGAACUGCUUGCUUGUGGAACUUCAACAGACCUGAACCUGUGGAAACUUACGUUCAUCCCUCAGAAGUAACGAUUGCUGAAUUUGAUCCAAAUCCUUGGCCAAUGUUUGUGGUUACUUAUUCUGAUAGACAAGUCUUUGUUUGGUCGGUUAAACAUCAUGAAUUAAUAUGGACGAUUCAGUGUCGGCGUUCUACUGUAAAUACUAUUAAAGUUUCUCCAAAUGAAAAGCAUAUCGCAUGUGGUGAUCAAAGAGGGCAAAUUAAGAUUUAUGAUAUCGGCGCCCGAAAAUUGUGCAAUGAAAUUCAAGCACAUAGAAGGCCCUGUCAUUACCUCGCUUUCAAUGAUAAUGGUUCUUUGCUUGCUUCCUCCGGCGGAGAUUGCCGGAUCAAAUUCUGGAAAGUAAAUACCGCUCUUUGCGGCACUGAAAAAGGGUGUCUUAAAAUGAAGGCAGAGUACCGUGCUGCGGCUUUUUAUCCAUAUUAUCUGAAGUUUCAUGGCAAAGAUUUUCUUCUGUCGAUUAACAAUGCAAAAUACUAAGUAUUUUGUAGCUUCUGUUCGUUACACCGACUUCUCUGUAUUGCAGCUUGUUUUAAGAAGCAAAGCUGUAUGGAUGUCAGUUGUUUUAAUUUUUCCUUUUAUGGAUGUGAUCAGUAGCUUAGAAAAAUCUCUACUUUGGAUAUCUUAUACAAAUUUUUUAUGAUUUUGACCAAUCUUAUUACCGGUGAAUCAAAUGGUUUUUACCGAUUUUACUUGAAGUUUCAUGAAAGAAAUUUUCUCAUGUUGGUUAACCAUAAAAAAAUAUAUUAUUUUUUAUAAAAUACUUAUCAGUAUCAUAUUGGGCUCUCUAUUUAUAUUACAGCUUGUUUUAAGAAGCAAAGCUGUAUGGUUGUCAGUUGUUUUAAUUUUUCCUUUUAUGAAUCUGAUCGGACGCAUAGAAAAAUCUCUUUUGCGGAUAUCUUAUACAAAUGUUUUAUGAUUUAGAUCAAUCUCAUUACCGGUGAAUCAAAUUGUUUUGUUUGAAACUUCAUGAAAGAUUUUUCUCAUGUUGGUGAACCAUACAAAAAUAUAUUAAUUUUUAUAAAAUACGUAUCAGGAUUUUAUAGCUUCUGUUUGUUAAAUUGAACUCUGUAUUUGUAUUACAGCUUGUUUUAAGAAGCAAAGCUGAAUGGAUGUUAAUUGUUUUAACUUUUCUUUUUAUGGAUGUAAUCAGUAGCUUAGAAAAAUAUCUGUUUCGGAUAUCUUACACAAUUUUUUUAUGAUUUAGACCAAUCUUAUUGCUGGUGAAUCGAAUUGUUUUUACCCAUUUUAUUUGAAAUUUCAUGAGAGAUUUUCUUAUUUCGGCUAACCAUACAAAAAUCUAUUAUUUUUUUUAUAAAAUACCCUUCAGUAUUUUAUAACUUCUGUUUAUUGCAUUGAGCUGUCCUUUUGUAUUACAGCUUGUUUUCAGAAGCAAAGCUGAAUGGAUGUUAAUUGUUUUAACUUUUCCUUUUAUGGAUGUAAUCAGUAGCUUAGAAAAAUAUCUGUUUCGGAUAUCUUACACAAUCUUUUUAUGAUUUAGACCAAUCUUAUUGCUGGUGAAUCGAAUUGUUUUUACCCAUUUUAUUUGAAAUUUCAUGAGAGAUUUUCUUAUUUCGGCUAACCAUACAAAAAUCUAUUAUUUUUUUUAUAAAAUACCCUUCAGUAUUUUAUAACUUCUGUUUAUUGCAUUGAGCUGUCCUUUUGUAUUACAGCUUGUUUUCAGAAGCAAAGCUGAAUGGAUGUUAAUUGUUUUAACUUUUCCUUUUAUGGAUGUAAUCAGUAGCUUAGAAAAAUAUCUGUUUCGGAUAUCUUACACAAUCUUUUUAUGAUUUAGACCAAUCUUAUUGCUGGUGAAUCGAAUUGUUUUUACCCAUUUUAUUUGAAAUUUCAUGAGAGAUUUUCUUAUUUCGGCUAACCAUACAAAAAUCUAUUUUUUUUAUAUAAAAUACCCUUCAGUAUUUUAUAACUUCUGUUUAUUGCAUUGAGCUGUCCUUUUGUAUUACAGCUUGUUUUAAGAAGCAAAGCUGAAUGGAUGUUAAUUGUUUUAACUUUUCCUUUUAUGAAUGUGAUCAGUAGCUUAGAAAACUUACUACUUUGGAUAUCUUAUAUUAUUAUUUUUUAUUUAUACCAAUCUUAUUACUGGUGAAUCUCAUUCAUCAGUUAUACCCAAGAGUCUUAAUCAUUGUUCCUAUUUUGUGCAUUUAUUUUUAAUUUUAUAAAGUAUCAUGUUAUG